UCGGCUCCCCGCUGUCACCGUUUUCAUCACGAGCUCGGCUUCCCAUAUCUCUGCUUUCACAGUCUUGCUUUAGUGCAUUGCUGAGUAGCUAGCUUUACAGUCAUCUCUCUCUCUCUCUCUCCAGAUGAUGGGAAAAUUCAGUAUUAUUCUUUUCACGAUCACGGUGGUCGCGAUUUUGAUCGUCGUCACACUGCCAGAGAGUGGAAAAGCCAAUCCAAGUCUCGAGGACGGGAUCAACGUAGCGGAGGCCAUACGCUAUCUGGAGAAACUUGACAAAUAUUACUCGCAGAUUGCGAGACCAAGGUAUGGCAGGAGCACAGACUUCCACAAGAGAAGUGCACUAAACGCCGUACGCUCCAAAAACCCUGCAGUGGCUGUUGGACGGAGGUGAACUUCUUUGCAGCUGGUAUAACAGAGGCUCCGGAGAAUGGAAUUUGCCGUAAGGUGUCAGAUGGAAUUUUUUGAGUAUUUGGAUGGAAAAUUUCUCAUUUGAUAAUGUCACCUAUUAUUCAUUCCAGUUUUUGUAUCCUCUUAAUGUUUGAUUAAAAUCAUC